AUGCGCAGUCCUUCCAGGCCGGCUUCAAAUUCCAAGCAAUACAACAACAAACUUUAUGUUGUCAUUCGUCUUCCAUUUUCACAUGCAAACUAGAAAUAAUUCAUUUAUCGCGUUCAGUUUGGUCAUUUUCGACGUUAAAACGACUCUCAAACAAUAUUUCGGCCUUCCCAGUAAUGUCAACUGAAUCACCGGCGCCGGGAACAUCGAAACGACGUAAAAUCCAAGAAGAAACCAAACUGGAUUAUGACAACAACACACAGAAAAUCCUGGAGGAAGCGGACGCAAUACAAACAGAAAUCGACGCCAUUUCCGAACGGUGUCACGAAGAUGUUAUCCUGAUUGAGCAAAGGUAUAAUUUGUUGAAGAAGCCCCAAUUGGCCAAACGGAGUGCUCUUAUUAGUCAAAUACCAAACUUCUGGCUCACUGCUAUAAAAAACCAUCCAGACUUGAACGGUUUCAUUGAUGAAACGGAAGAGGAAUGCCUGCACCAUUUGACCAAAUUCGAAGUCGAGGAGUUCGAGAACUUUCGCGACGGCUACAGAUUGAAAUUCUACUUUGAGGAGAAUCCCUACUUCGAAAAUUCCGUCAUCACAAAAGACUACCACCUUAACAACACCAAUCCCACAUCAGAGAGCUCGAUGAUUAACUGGAAGGAGGGCAUGAAGCUGAGCCACCCGACAUCUGAACCGUUGUCCGGUCGCAAGCGUCGUUUCGAAACUAUCACCUUCUUCAACUGGUUUGAGGACAAUGUGGACGCGAGCAGCGACGACAUGGCAGAAGUUCUCAGAGAGGACAUAUGGCACAAUCCUCUUCAGUAUUUUCUGGUGCCGGACGCGGACAAUGGGGAUAAUAACGGCGGCGACGACAGUAUGAGUAGUUCAAGCGAAAUGGACGAAGCUGGUGCAGAAGAGAAGCAAAAUCAAAACGUAUCAGAAGGCACCUGAAUUUAGAUAAGUUUUAUUUAUUUAUUUUACGAGUGGACUGUUUUGAUGUGAUUUUGGUCUUAAUUUUCCAAAUUUUUACCUUACUUAUUUUAUUUUUAUUUUAUUAUUAUUACUCAAAAUGAAACUUCUAGGAUAUAUUAACAACAUAUGUUAUUCUGUAACAUACUACAUAAAUAGAUUCACCUGAGGUAUUUUUACAAAGUGUCUUUGAUGACGUACCAUGUCCAAUUGGGUGCUCCAAUUUUAAUUGUAAAUGUAUCAUCUAAAAUACUUUGUAUUGAUAAAAAUAUUAAUGAAUAAAUAUUAUAAAAGUAAAUAAAUUAAAAAUGUUGGAAAGUUUUCUCAACAAAUAUAUUUUUAUGUAUAUCAUCCUGUACAUAUUCAUUUGAAAAAUUAUAUUUCUUUGUGUAUAUAAACAAUCAAUCUGUUUUAUUAUUUUAAUUUUGUUUAUUUGAAAACAUUUUUUAUAUAUAUAUUUAAUCACAUGUAUUUAUUUAGUUUAAAAAAUUACUAAUUAACUGUUCUUGUGAUAGAAAUUUUUAUUAUAAACCCAAUUAUUACUAUUUUAAUAAUAAAUAAAUAUAAAAGCAAUGAAA